CUCCAGCCAAUAAGAUUGCGCAUUUGCAACCGCCAAUCAGGUGCGGCGACGGGUGAGGGCCAAUCCAAGAAAGGCGGCCCGAUGCUGCACGUGCUGUAUGGGAGCGCGACGGGCACGGCGGCCGACGUCGCCGAGAUGGUAGGUCGCAUGGCGGCCGCGCGCCAGGUCCCAUGCGCCGUCUCUGCGAUGGACGACUUUCCGAUCGCGUCGCUGCCGAGCCAGCGCUACGUUGUGUUUAUCGUCGCUAGCAGCGGCGACGGCGAAGCGCCCGAGAACAUGGCGCAAUCGUGGAAGUUUCUUUUGCGCAAGAGCUUGGCCGCCGACUCGUUAGCCAACGUCCGCGUCGCCAUCUUUGGUCUCGGCGACUCGAGCUACGCCAAGUACAACGCAGUAGCCCGCCGCUUGCAGGCGCGCCUUAUUCAGCUGGGCGCGACCGAGAUCGUCGAGCGUGGGCUCGGCGAUGACCAGCACGAGCUGGGCUUCUAUGGCGCGCUGAACCCAUGGCUCGAGAAGCUGUGGGGAACGGUCUUGGCCCUGCCACCGUUCCAGCUACCGGACGGUUUUGUCGUCGAUGACACACCGCGCCUGACGCCGCCCCAGUACCACGUGACACAAGUGGCGGCAACGACCGCGUCCUCGGUGCCACACACGUUCUACGCCGCGCCCAAGACGGUACUCUCGGCGCACAACGGCGAGAUCCUCAUGGCCACCGUCGCAGCCAACGACCGGCUGACGGCCGCCGAUUGGACGCAGGACGUCCGGCACCUCGUGCUCGACAUGUCGUCGGCGCCCGUGCCGUAUGCCCCCGGUGACAUUGCGCUCUUGUACCCAGAGAACACGGACACGGCCGCAAUCGAUCGGUUCCUUCACCGCCUCGGGCUCGUGCGCGGCACGCAGCUCGUCAUUUCGCGCGUCGACGGCGCGCCAGCGAGUAUCCCGUCGCCCGUCUCGGUGGACGAUCUCAUGCGCAAAUACCUCGACAUCUUUGGCACGCCGCGCCGGUCGUUUUUUGAGCGGCUCUCGCUCUUUGCAUCGGACCCGGACGAGCGCGAGAAGCUGCUCGAGCUCGCGUCGCCGAGUGGCGCGGAUCUUUUGAGCGACUAUUGCACGCGCGAGAAGCGAACAUACGUCGAGGUGUUUGAGGACUUUGCGUCCGUGGCUGUGCCACUCGAGUGUCUUGUCGAAUUCAUUCCGCGGCUGCAGCCACGAUCGUACUCGAUCGCGUCGGCCUCCGGGACCCACCCGUCUUCGAUUGAACUGACCAUCGCCCUCGUCGAGUUCCAAACGCCCUACAAACGCCCCAAGAAAGGGAUCUGUUCCGCGUACGUGGCAUCGCUUCCUGUCGGGGCGACGCUUCCGAUCUGGAUCAAGGCCGGCCUCUUUGCGCCACCGCCGCCAAAUGCCAACGUGCUGCUCAUUGGACCUGGCACGGGCGUCGCCGUCAUGCGCGCGCUCAUUCAAAGCCGAGCGGCGACUGCAACGGCCACGGGCGAGACCCACUUGUUUGUUGGGUGCCGCCACGCCGCCAAGGACUUUCUAUACGAAGGGGAGUGGCAGACACUCGUGUCCACGCGCUCGCUCACGUCUCUCCACGCGGCGUUCUCGCGCGACUUUGGCUACAAGCUCUACGUGCAAGCCAAGCUCGCCGAAGCCAGCGCCAUGGUCUUCCGCGUCCUCGCCAAUGGCGGCUACUGCUUCGUGGCCGGCUCGGCCAAGCGCAUGCCGACAGAUGUGUACGAGGCGAUUCGGGACAUCGUCGUCAACGAAGGCCAAGUAUCCUUGAAGGAGGCCGAGACGUUUAUGAAGAGCUUGGUCCGCCACAAGCGGUAUGUGGUCGAGUCGUGGUCCUAGUCGACGUAAUCCAAAUACAUCGCGGAGAGAAGCGCAAAGCUAAGGAUGGGCAAGGAGAUGGGAAGGAUGAUGGGAGUCGUAGAAGUACAUGAGUAUAAUGAUGCGAUAGUUGAUAGGGAUGUUUAAAUACUAGAUAUAUAAGUUACGGCGCGGUCACCUUACUCUCCGAUCGAGAAGGUUUCGCUG